GGGCCGCCUUCUUCUUAUGCAUGUUUCCGUCGGGGCUGGAGUAGGUAGGGGGGCGGGGACCCCAGGACAGCCCUCCCUCGUCGGUUCACUUCCGGCUAGGCCCUGUCCCCUGAUGCACGCCCCACCCCUCGCCGUGCCCGCGGGCACCGGACGCGCCGGCGCCAGAGAACGGGAAGGAAGGACUACAGUUCCCGGCGAGCACUGUCCUCCCUUCCUCCCGCGAGAACUCACCGCCUGCGUACACACUCACGCACGCGGACCUGGCCUAGCUUGCCAGAGUUGUACCGGGGUGUUGGGAUUGGGCGGGAAAGCUAGGCCAGCGCGAGGUUAGAGGCGUUUUUGUUUGCAGAUUUCUAGAGGGAGGGUCAAGAUGCCUAAGAGGAGGAAGCCACAGAUUUCAGGAGAUGACAGCCAUCUUCUUAAAUCCAAAAAGACCCCAAGGAUAGCAGACACUGACAUGAAGCCUGAGAACUCUGGAAUGGGAAGAUUCUUUAAUUUAGAAGAUUCAGAAAUAGCAACAGUCAUGAAACAAGAUGGAGAAGAGAGUAGCCAAGCAGAUAUCAGCUCUGUUGAGGAAAGAACAGAUGGUCCUACUAAAGAACCUAGGCAACCAAGAAGGGACCCAGCUUGCUUUUCUGUUCCCCAGAACUCAGAAAUGAAGUUUGUUCCAGCGUUUGCACAAUCCAAGAAAUCUUUGACACAAAAAACUAAGAGAAAAGAAAAAACUGUUAGGAGUAGCAACACUAAGCAGAUAAUGUUUCCAGAGUCUAAUCACCAGAAGACAGAAAAUGUUCAAUUUGAUGAGCCAUUGGUAGCAACUAUCUGGGAAGAUAGGGAGUUGAAAGAUCAGAAACAAAAGGGAUUUUUGAUUACUGAAAUGGACAGUGUUGGUGGUGGGAGAGUUCUACUUUUUCAGGAGCAAGACAGCCAAAGUCCCUUGAAGCCCUCAGAUGGAAGUCAUUAUAUUGCUGCUGGUACAUUCAACAAUACUCCUCAAGAGAUUGGAAGUAUAACCCCUGUGCAAGAAAGAACUAACAAAGAACAUCUUUUAGAGGGAAUGACAAACACUUUGAAUGGCAAAAAUCCAGAAAGCAAGAAUUUGGAAUCUGGCUCCCUUGUUGAAAUGGAAAUGAAUUGUACACCAAUGUAUGAGACUUUGGCUGUAGGCAGCCACAGCCAGAAAGAAACAGCCCAAUUAAGCAGUAAUACUUCAGAAAUACAGCAGAACAGACCUCUGUCAGACAGAAGAGCCACCCACGAAGGGGACAUUGCUCAAGAGGAAGUAGUAACUUCAAACACACAUGGGCUUAUAGGAGUUUUAUAUAGUGAUGACUUCCCUGAGGGACAAAGAAAGAGGGAAGAAAGUAGCUUACCCAUGAUUCCAUCAGAUUCUAACUUAAUAACUGCUGGAGAACAAAGUGUUGGCAAAGAGAACCCCUGGGACAAUGCUACAAAACAGGGGUACCCUGAUGAUGUGCCACAAUCCAACAAGAUGAAUCAAAAUGCACAACUCAGCCAUGACAGCCAAGUAUCCAGGAUGUUGAGGCAGGAAAUUCUUAGCUACUCAUGUCCCACAGAUACUGACUCAUCUGAAUCCAAAGAGAGGGCACAGGUUACUAAGAUUAGCCAGCCUAUCAAUGGAAGCACUGGAGUGCCUUUGUUUUCCAAUAGGAACUCCUCUGUCAAGGUGCUGCUGGAAGGAACCUCUUAUAAUGAAAAGGGUGGGAAGGAUAGAGAAGAAGCAAGACAUGAAGGUGAGCCAUCUGAAGGCAUCAUGGUGGUCUCUGACCAUUCAGCUUCUAUUGUUCCUAAGGAUCUUAUACCCAAGACUGAACACAAAAAUACUAUAGUUCUAACCCUAGGAAAAGAGAAUCUAUAUCCAGAUGUGGAACAGAAACGGGUAACUACUAGCACUGACCAAAAGGAAGUGAGUCAGAUUUCUGGGACAAGAGUCACAUCGCCUUGGCUGAUGGAUUUGGUAGAUGAAAAAGAACCUGGGUUAGGUAUCAUCAGUGGGAAAAGCAAGCAAAACCUUGGUCCCAAGGAAAGCAAUCUAUCAGUUAGUACUGCCUGUUUGUUCAUGGAGAAAGAGAUAAUGGCUGAUCCUGUCAAAGAAACUGAGACCAACGUGAACAGUAGAAAAUCUUCAGAAAAGACAGGUUUGUCUGAAAGUGGAUGUAAUUCUGAAGAUCAUACUGAUUGGGGAGAAUCCUUAGCUCUGGAACUAGAUUUUUUGCCAGACAGUCAGAUACGUGAUGCUCUCGAUGACCCUAACUUUGGAUUUCCAUCUGAGCAAGCAUCUCCUGUGGAGAACACAUUGGUUCCCUCCUUGCCUGGCAAAAAUCCUCAUCCUGACGAAGAACAAGUUCGAUCAAAGGCUCCAAUGGCUCUGAAAAGCACUUCUUCCCACAGCAAGCUACAGCACAGGGAUGAGAUGGCAGAAAGCAUCUGUGAUCCCCCAAGAGAAGAUGCCACAGCUAUUGUCUGUGGCCUAACUGUUGAGCUGUCUAACCUCAACCGACUGAUCAUGAGUACCCACAGGGACCUGGAAUCCUUCAGACGCCUAAAGCACCGAAAGGGAAAAGCAGCUGGGAAGCAGCCCCCCUACCAGUUUCCCUAUCCCCCAAAGGGAGUGACACAUUGCUCCCAUCCUGUGAAAAAAUGGAAAGAGAAGUAA